UUUGAUUUCACUCAUUCAUUUCAUCAACUUUCUUAGUCACAUAUCCUUAUCACCUACUUCUUCGCUUCACUUCCAAUUCAUACAACAAAACUCUACUCUUUUUUCUAUGUCCAUAUUGGUCCUUGAUCAUAUAUUUGCAUUCAUCACAUAUAAGAAAAAAAUUUACAAGAUUAAUGAUAGUAUAAUGGGAAAACAAGGGUCUCCUAGAAGACCAACUCCUGAAUGUAAGGGUGCUGCUAGAGGAAUGUUAGGAAUGAAUAAAGAUUACAAGAUAACAAGCAAUGAUCCACCUUCAUGGAAGAGGAUGACAGCGGUUGAUUGUCGUUGGCAUUCGAAAACUUUGUUGCUACAUGGUCUGAAAAAUGAUUCUUCAAAGUACAAUUCUAUUAAGGGAUUCUAUGUUGGAAAAAAGAACAUUAGAACUAUUGUUCUCAUGUUUGGAUUGUUGGGUUGUCUUUUCCUUCUUGAUUCUAUUUUCAUCUCUUUUUUCGAGUUUGAAAAUAUUCAACCAAGUGCAGCAGCCUCAAAUCAUUCAAGUGAGCUUCAGGAUACAGAUUCCUACAUCAUUGAGAAACAAUCGCCUGUACAUAUGUAUGAUCGGCUUCUAAACUUGGCGUCCAGUGCUCUUGCAGAGAGAGAAUUCAAGCAAGAGUCGUCCAAAUUAUGGACAGAUCCAUAUAAGCAGGCAUCUUUAUGGAAACCUUGUGCACAAAGAAAAGUUCAAACCAAUCCAGGGAAAUCUAAGAAAAGUAAUGGCUACAUUUUAGUAAGUGCAAAUGGUGGUCUUAAUCAACAACGAGUUGCUAUUUGCAAUGCUGUGGCUGUGGCAUCUGUCCUGAAUGCAACUCUUGUUAUUCCAAAAUUUCUCUACAGCAAUGUAUGGAAGGAUCCAAGCCAAUUUGGUGACAUAUAUCAGGAAGAGUAUUUCAUAAAUAUCCUGAAGGACGAUAUCAGUAUUGUGAAGGAACUCCCGCCUGAUAUAAAAUCUCUGGAUGUGGAAGCAAUUGGUAGCCAGAUUACAGAUGCAGUUCUUGCAAAGGAGGCCACAGUUGCUGACUAUAUCAAAAUUGUACUUCCUCUUCUUUUGAAAAAUAGAGUUGUUCACUUCCUUGGAUAUGCAAAUCGACUUGGUUUUGAUCCUAUGUCUUCUGAUAUUCAGAGGUUAAGAUGCAAAUGCAAUUUCCAUGCUUUGAAGUUUGUACCAAAAAUUCAACAAGCUGGCUCUCUAUUGAUCCAAAGGAUUAGAAAAUAUAGGGUUUCACAAAGCAUGUUAGACACUCAAUUGCUAGGGAAGUUCAUCCACAACAAGGAAGAUCAUAAAGCUGCAAAAGGCUAUACAAAAUAUCUUGCUUUGCACUUAAGAUUUGAAAUAGAUAUGGUGGCUUAUUCCAUGUGUGAGUUUGGAGGAGGUGAAAGUGAGAGAAAGGAACUUCAAGCCUACAGAGAAAGGCAUUUCCCUCUCUUUCUGGAGCGCUUGAAGAAUUCAACCUCUAUUUCUCCAAUGAAUUUGAGAAAAAGGGGAAGAUGUCCAUUGACACCAGAAGAAGCAGCACUUGUUCUAGCAGGUCUUGGUUUCAAACAAGAAACAUACAUUUACUUGGCUGGUUCUCGUAUUUAUGGAGGAAACUCAAGAAUGGAGGCCUUCAAUAGACUCUAUCCCAAUGUAGUCACAAAGGAAAACCUUCUUACCGCCACUGAACUUGCACCUUUCAGGAAUUUUUCAUCUCAGAUGGCUGCUUUGGAUUUUAUUGCAUGUGCAAGUGCUGAUGUAUUUUCCAUGACUGACUCGGGUAGCCAACUUUCAUCAUUGGUAUCUGGAUUCAGAACCUACUAUGGUGGCGGUCAUGCUCCUACCUUGCGGCCGAACAAAACAAGGCUAGCCGCAAUUUUUGCUGAGAAUGACACCAUAGGAUGGAAUGGUUUCGAAGUAAGAGUAAAGAAGAUGAUUCUGGAAGGUCAGAAUGCUGGCAAAAGGAGUUAUGGAAGAAGCAUAUAUAGAUAUCCUAGGUGUCCAGAAUGCAUGUGCAAACAACAUUAGCUAGCUGGUCCUUGCAUUAACAAACUUGACCACUUUGUUCAUAAAUAACACAUUUUGAGAUUGAAUUUCGUUAACUACUGAUUUAAGUGUUUAUGUAUAAGCUAUUUUUAUAACAAAAGAUAAAAUAAAGUCAA